AUGGAUAAUAAUAAACUAAAGGAAGAGAGAUAUUCUCGGAAAUUGGAAUAAAGAUGCAAAAGUAUUAGUUACUUAUAUAAGUAUCGAAAUAUAAAAUUAAUAAAUAAUAUAAAUCAAUUUAGUUAGGGAAACAAUACUUUAUUAGAAUGGAUUUGCUAUCUUUUUCUUGUGUACGACCACAUACUAUCUUUUCUAAAACGUAUUACUUAAAAGUAACGGAAGACGAGGUGAUAAUCUCUGCAGUAACCUAAUUAUGUUAUUUUUAAGUUCAACAAUUUCAAGAAUCCAAAAUAUAUAAUAGAACUCAAAUUAACAACUUAAAUUCUUUGGAAAAUGGGGAAGUAAAACUUGAAAGCAUUUGGAAUAUUUUACCAGAAUAAAAUCAAGUAUUUUGAAGCUUAACAUAAUCAUUUGGAAUAAUUCAAAAAAUUGAUUGGGGGACGAGUAAUCUAUAGAAACAUGGCCUCUUUUUAUGAACCAGUAUAAUUCAUUGGAGAAGGAAUGUCCGCAAAAGUAUAUUGAUUGAUCAAUUAACAAUUUUAGGUAUUUCGAAGCAUCGAGAAAUAAACCAAUAAAGCAGUUGCAGUCAAAAUGAUUAAACAAGAGUUUGGAAGAGAAGAACAGGCCUUGGUAAAUUAUUAAUUUAAACUCAAUUAGGACAUAGUCAGAACGGAAGUAAAAAUUUUGUAGUCGCUCGAUCAUCCAAAUAUUAUAAAAGUGCUUGAAGUUUAUGAAAAUGAUUAGACUUUUUGGAUUGUAUAAGAGUUUGUUCAAGGAACACCUUUGAGUGAAAUAUUAAAAUAAAAACUGCCGACAGAGUAAAUAAAGAUGAUAAUGAUCGUAUUUAAACAUCAUAUAUCAUUAGGGUUUACUGAAUACUGUAAGUUAUUUGCAAUCACUAAGAAUUGUGCAUCGAGAUAUCAAACCAGAGAAUAUCAUUGUAUAAAAAGAUGGCUCAAUUAAAGUCAUUGAUUUUGGAUUUGCUGCUAAUCUGAAAUUUGGCUCUGUAAGCAGCGUCUGUGGAACCCCUGGUUAUUAUGCACCUGAAGUACUUAGAUAAAAAGAAUCAAGCUUUAAUUCUGAUAUGUUCAGUGUUGGAGUGGUGUUAUUUAAUUUGUACUUAUACUUAUUGAUAUUAGAAUCACAAAUCAGCCUAUGCUUAAAUCAAAGAUGUAUAAGGCUUAACAAUAUGUCGCGGAUGAAGAAGCUGCUGAUCUAUUGAAACAAAUGUUGGAAGUAGAUCCAGUCAAGAGAUUUACAGCUCAACAAGCACUCGAGCAUCCUUACUUUAAAGGAUUUUAAUCGAUAAAUGAAAAGCAAGAUAAUCAUUGUUCAUCUGAGCACCAAAUAUUACAAUAAUAAAUGCAAAAUAAUUAAUAACAACAAUGUUAACCAAAAAAAAGCAAUAAAAGUUUAGAUGCCAAAACAAUCAAAUCUCUCCGAACUACUAACAUAAUUGACUAAUGA